GCACCACCGUAUUGCUGAUCCUGAUGGAGAUAUGCCAAUAAGCCACUAUUCCUUAGUUCUCCGUGGUAUCCGGCCGGAAACCUUGGCCCGUGGAUUCCAGACGUUUUCUUCCCCAAUCAGUGGAGUAUUGCGCAGCAUAUUGGUCGGUUUCCUGUGUUAGCUUUCGGUUCGUCCCACGAUAGAGAAAUGAUGUUAUCUGCGAUUGCUCAGAGGAAAUGGCUCUGCUGGAUCCACCGGUAGCGAUUGGUGUCGGGACGUGUUUCUCUUUCGGCGAAAUUGUUGCGUCCCUGUUCUUAAGAGCAGAGCUUCCUCCUGUUUUCCUCGGGUGCUUUUUGUUUGUUGUCUCCUUAUCAUUUGGCCCAUCUCCUCUCUUCCUUUUUUUGGGUGUUUCUUGUUCUUAACGUUCGGUCUUCUGUACUAAGUGCCCAACAUGCCGUCAGUCACAAGCGUCUCUUCCCUCUCGCGACAGUUCCGCGUCUUGGUGGUCGGUGGCUCUUAUGGUGGCUUAAGCGCAGCUUUGACCCUGCUGGACUUGUCUCAUGGCCGAGUUGCCCGCUUCAAUCACACCCCCGAUGCUCAACCUCCUCAGAAACAAAUUCCCAUCCAGAUAACCGUAGUAGAUGAGCGGGAUGGAUUCUACCACCUAAUCGGCUCUCCCCGGGCAUUGUCAUGCGAGAAGUAUGCAUCCAAGUCCUGGACAAAGUUCGAAGACAUCCCAGCUUUGAACUCUCCGAGUAUCCGGUUUCUCAGGGGUAGCGUCAACUCCGUGGACUGCCAAAGCAAAGUAGCGCGUAUCCUCGAUGCCCACACCAAGGAAACCAGAAAGGAGAAGUACGACUUCCUGAUCGCUAGCUCUGGACUGCGUCGUGUCUUCCCGACUGUGCCUCAGUCUCUCCGUCGAGAAGAGUUUUUGGAAGAGGCGAAGAAGCACACAGAUGAGGUUCGCAAUAGUCAAGAUGGGAUCGUGGUUAUCGGAGGAGGCGCCGUUGGAAUCGAAAUGGCGACAGAAUUGAGGAUGCUUCAUCCCGAUAAGAAGAUCACCUUGAUCCACUCACGCGAUCGCGUACUCUCGGCAGAACCUCUGCCGGCUGAGUUCCAGGAUCGGGUGGGAUCUCUUCUUCGUGAGGCCGGUGUCAAGGUGGUCUUUCGACAGCGGGUUGUUGACAUCACGGCCAUCGAGACUGAGGGCGGACGACGCAUUUGGAAGCUUGAGCUGGCCGAUCGCAGAAAUAUCUAUGCGGGUCAUGUCAUGAACGCCGUCUCGAAAAGCGUUUCCACGUCGACUUAUCUUCCCAAAGAGGCAUUGACUGAAGAUGGUUAUGUAAAAAUCCGAGCAUCCACACAAUUCCCCCAAAACGUUCCCAACGCGGACCAUCACUUUGCCGUCGGUGAUAUGGCAUCCUGGUCGGGGAUUAAACGCUGCGGAGCCGCAAUGCAUAUGGGCUAUCAUGCAGGCAAUAAUGUCCAUCAGCUUAUGCUAUCGGAGAUAUCAAAGACUAAGCCGGAGUAUAUCAGUCUUCAGGAGGUGCCUCCAGUGAUGGCACUCGCUAUGGGCAAGACGGCAGUUACGUACACCCCGGCCCAAGGGACGAAGGAUGGGGAAGAUGUCCAUGAUGUAAUGUUUGGUGAGGAUAUGGGCUAUAGCAUUUGCUGGAACUAUAUGCGCAUGUCAGAGCCUUAUGAGGCAUGAUUUAGCUGCAUGUGUGGCCUUUCAGUUCGACUUUGACAGAUCAGGUAUUUGUCGUUGCUUUUAUAUUUUAGGAGGUCAUUCUCUCUUUUUUGUUUGGGUAUUCACUGGGGUGCUUCUCCAGGCUGCAGAUUCAGUCAUGUACUCCUGUAGUGAAUGGGUACUCCUCAGUUGAACUAUGGGGUGAUAGAAUCACCGGCGUUUUGGCUUUGGGAUAGUUAGUAUUGACUAGAAUUGUC